AUUUACUCUUAUAAGUGAUAAUUGAGGGUAAAAUGAUGCUAACUAAUGCUAAGCUCUUUCUAAAAACCCCAAACUAUCUACUAUCAGUCAAAGCAAACAGCUUUACAGCUAGGGGAAAGAUUAGUAAAGAUGGAUCUAUUGCAUAAAAAUGGUAAAAUGAUGUUAUGGAAUCCAGACUAAAUAUUUAGAUGUAAAAAGUGGACACUAAUCCUGGAUAAAUGUUACUUUUAAUUCUUUAAGUAAUUUGUGUUAGGAUGAUAAAUCUCCACAGGUUUGCUUAUAAUAAAUAAUUUAUUUUAAAAAUAUUUUUUUUAAAAAAUCAGGUUUUAAACCAUAAAGAACAGAAAAUAUGAGAAAAUAAAAGGUGACCGUUGGUUGUUUUUUUUUUUUUUUAAUUGGUUGCUAAUCAGUAUGCUAACGGUAGCCUUGGUGCUUAAAGGACGCUUAGUUUCUUAAUACCGUUUUAAAAGCGUUUAAAGAAAAUGAAAAUAUUUAAAAAGUGGACGAUAAUGAGGCGUUAAUGUCAUCUGAUACUUAUUUCAGUUAGCUAAUGUGUGUUAGCUGAUAAAUCUCCUCAGAGGUGUGUUUUUUUUUUGUUUUUUUUUUCCUCAGGCGCAUCGGCCGCCCGUAUUUAUAGCGUUCGAGGUCUCCACAGGGACGCUUUCGUCACUUCCGGUCCGUUUUGAUUGGUCAGCGCGGCGCCCCUGCAACGUGAAUGAAUCAAAGCAGUGCGCGUGUGUGUGUGUGUGUGUGUGUGUGUGCGUGCGAGCGCGAGCGCGCGCGUGUGCGUAUGCGUCUGCGUGCGCGCAGAGAGAGAGAAAUAAAGACUGAGAGACUGAGAGAGAGAGAAAGAGAGAGCAGGAGGAAAAGAGACGCGUCCUGUACAUCUCACUCUUUUUAUUUUUUAUUUUUUAGAGGGGUUUUUUUUCCUUGUCUGGAGAGCUCCGAGCACGGACACGCGCGUGAAUGUGUGUGUGUGUGGCAAUGUGUGAGUGUGUGUGAACGCGUGUGUGUGGGAGUGUGUGUGGGAGUGGGAGUGUGUGUGGUGUGUGUGCAUGUGUGUGUGUGUGUUUUUAUCAGAGCGGAUGAAAAUGAUGCAAAGCGCCGCCGUGUUGCCCAGCGAGAGCGCCGUGAAGCCCGACAUGCUCGUGCCACUGCAGCAGGUCCCGGAGUGUGCGGGAUGUAACCAGCGUAUCCUGGAUAAGUUUGUGUGUAAGGUUCAGGAUCUGCACUGGCACUCCACCUGUCUCAGGUGUGCAGAGUGUGACGAGCUGCUGAGCGACAGGUGUUACUGCCGAGGAGGACACGUGUACUGCAGAGAGCACUUCUACACGCGUUUUGGGACGAAGUGCGCGUCGUGCCAGCAGGGCAUCCCUCCCUCUCAGGUGGUGCGUAAAGCGCAGGACUUCGUUUAUCACCUGCACUGUUUUUCCUGCGUGAUGUGCAGCAGACAGCUGGCCACCGGAGACGAGUUUUACCUGAUGGAGGACGGGAGACUCGUCUGCAAGGUCGACUACGAGACCGCAAAACAGAACGAUGACUCAGAGUCAGGAGCGAAGCGUCCUCGUACCACCAUCACGGCCAAACAGCUGGAGACGCUGAAAAGUGCGUAUAAAAACUCUCCUAAACCCGCGCGGCACGUCCGAGAGCAGCUCUCCUCCGAGACAGGACUCGACAUGCGCGUAGUGCAGGUGUGGUUCCAGAACAGACGAGCGAAGGAGAAGCGGUUGAAGAAGGACGCUGGACGCCAUCGCUGGGGUCAGUUUUAUAAAAGUGUUAAGCGCAGCAGAGGAGCGGCGAAGGUGGAGAAGGAGAGCUCGGCCGAGGAUGGAGGGAUCAGCGACAGCGAGCUCAGCUUCAGAGACGAUCAGAUCCUGUCGGAGCUGGGUCAUGCUAACGGCCUGUACGAGAGCGUCGGGGACGUUUCCGGAGGCAACAUGAUGAACAGCGGGUUCUCGUUAGAGGCGGCGAGUCCUUAUUCGCCCUCGUCCAUCAGCUCGCUGCCUGGACACGCCCACCUUCUCGGAGGCGUGACCUUCAGCAUGGAGGGGCUGGCAGGAGCGGCGGGUCAGCCUCUCAGAGCCGUGACCUCUGACCUCUCCACAGGCAGCAGCACCGGAUACCCAGACUUCCCCACAAGCCCCGCCUCCUGGCUGGACGAGAUGGACCACACCCAGUUCUGAGGUCAAAGGUCAUAUUGGAAAAGACACAAGGAACAUAAGAGAUUCUGGAGUCCUUUUUUUUUUCAGACGUUGUGAUUUCAGUCUAGCGCGGUUCUAAGGUCAAAGGUCAUGAAGUCAAGACGUAAAAAAGAAAAAGAAAAAAGAAACAAUGGACACUAAGAAGUGCGCACUUUCCUGAAA